AGGUCAUGGAGGAGGCGGUGAUCGGUUGCUCCCUCUACCCAAUCAGUGGUCUCCUCAAAAUGCCCUACUUGCAGCAUGCUCUUAGGCAGAGCAUUGACAAGUACGUCAUGGAAGCUUCGACGGGAGGUGGACCCUACUGGAUUACGUUUGGUGACGAUAUUGAUGAUCCGAAGUACAUCACAGUCGAUCAUGCCAACGAGAGAAUGCUCACAGGAACGGUGAACUUCAAAGACGCAGAGGGGUUCACGGUGAAAGUGUUUGACGACUCGGCCUCUACAAACCGGUUUGAAUUUUCUAUCACCAGUUCGUUUCCGAGGUACAGGAAGAAGAAGCAAGACGAGCAAAACGAAUGUCAAGAUUCUGGCGCACAUGCCUUCGGCACUCUACAACCACUUGAAUACUACCUCGAAACAACAUUCAAUUCCAUCCGAAAGAGAAGCACUGUGCACAUGCGAAAAAGCUCCCGGCUGGAAAACGUUCGACUUCUGCUGAAGGAGAGAAUCGAGCCAAAGAUGUCCUGCCAUACGAAACAGUGGCGGAAGGGGAGAGAGGCCUACUACAUC